CUUGUCAUUAACGGUACCGAUAUCGAGUAAGCCCAUUACCCCGACUCACAGCGAACUCAAAGAGCUGUACAAAACACUCGAGCGGGAAAAGUCACACUCGAAACACACUUGAACAGUCCGUACGAUAUCCUGCUCGACGAGCACAACCAACAACCCAUAGUCCAAUCAUGGCACCGUUCACAAAACCUGAGGCCGUGCUCAAACAAGCAGAGGGCCUCGUCUCUGUCGGUCAGUCUCAUGCAGCUCUUCAGUCGCUCGUAGAGAUGUUCUCUUCAAAACGCUUCCGCUCGACACCUCUCACUACACUCGAGCCAAUCGUGAUCCGCUUCGUGGAGCUUUGCGUCGACAUGCGUAAAGGCCGCACUGCCAAAGAGGGCCUGAUGCAAUACAAGAAUAUCGCUCAAAAUUCGAGCGUCGGAAGCAUUGAGGUUGUCAUCAACCGGUUUAUUCAGCUCUCAGAUGCAAAAGUCUCCGAGGCGCAGGAGAAAGCGGACAAAGUCACCGGACCUGUCGAUGUCGACGAUCUUGAGGCAAGCGAAACGCCUGAGAGCAUUCUCCUCGGCGCGGUUAGUGGUGAUCAGAGCAAGGACCGCACGGAUCGUGCACUCGUCACGCCCUGGCUCAAGUUCCUGUGGGAGAGCUAUCGUACAUCACUCGAGACUCUCAAGAAUAAUGCUCGGCUAGAAGUCAUCUAUCAGCAAGUUGCGCAGCAAGCUUUCCGUUUCUGCCUAAAGCACCAACGGAAGGUCGAAUUCCGGAGACUUUGUGAAACUCUUCGACUGCACCUUUCCAAUGUCGCAAAAUAUGCGCAUCAAACACAUGCUAUCAACCUAUCGGAUGCGGAGACACUGCAACAUCAUCUUGACACUCGGUUUGCUCAGCUUAAUACCUCCGUCGAACUCGAGCUUUGGCAGGAGGCAUUCCGCAGUGUCGAAGAUGUGCACAAUCUGCUCACAAUGGCAAAAAAGGCUCCCCGUCCGGCGAUGAUGGCGAACUAUUAUGAAAAGUUGACUAAGAUUUUCUUGAUGAGCGGAAAUGCUCUCUAUCAUGCCGCUGCAUGGGGUCGGUACCACGCAAUUGUUACCAGCAUUGGGGGAAAGAGCGAAGAGGAGAUGACGAAACUCGCCGGUCAAGUACUCGUCAGUGCCUUGGCCGUCCCUGUUGGCCUACAAAAUGAAGAUGAGGAUGGCAAAAGCAAGACAUCGCGCCUUACUGCUCUUCUUGGUCUCACCAGAGCACCUACUCGCGCCGGGCUGAUCAAAGAUGCCCUUUCCCGUGACGUCCUCCGUCUUUCCCCAGCACCCAUCAAGUCUCUGUACACGCUCCUUGAAGCUUCAUUCGACCCCUUGACGCUUUGCUCCUCCACCGCCCCGCUUCUCGCAGAACUGUGUGCACCGGACACACCAUACUUUGGCUACCGUUCCCUCCUGGAACGUGCAUUGCUCUCCCGCCUGCUCGCACAGCUUUCUCAAGUUUAUUCCACGCUUACUAUCACCUCGCUCCUUGAACUAGUCUCUCCCCUCGAGGGCCUCGGCCCAGAGCAGGUAGAGGCGUUCCUCAUGGGUUGUGCACGUCGCGGUGAACGCAGUGUGUAUGUCGACCACGCCACUGGCACAAUCACCUUCAUCGACGAGGGUUUCGUAGUCAGCUCCGAGGACCCCAUCCCGUCCACGAGUACCAACUCAGAAGCAAGCAUCCAGCCCAGCGCUGCAGAGCUCGUGCGCACACGGCUGAGCACGCUCGCAGUGACAUUGCAUAAUUCCCUUGCGGUUCUGUACCCCCCGCCCCAACUCUCUCCCGAGGAAGAGGAAGCUGCACAGCAUGUCAAAUUUGUGGAGCUUGUCGCGGCUGCGAACGCUGAGCGGCAUGCGCUAUCGCUCCGUCGUGCGCUCGUUGCUCGUCGCCGCGAGCUCCUCUCUGAGCUCUCCGCUCGUAAGGAGAAGGAGGAGGCCAGCCGUCGUGCGGAAACGACGCGACGCGAGAAGGACGAGGAGGUGCGACGCGCCAAGCUCGAGAUAGCCAAGAAGGAACGGGAACGCGCACAGAAGGAGGUGGAUUCUAUUCGUGCGGAGGAAGCCAAGAAGCUCGCACAAACACUGAUCAAGAAGGGCAACUUGAAAGUGUCGGUGGACGAAAUGGAAGAUCUAUCGACAGAUUCACUCAUGCGCAUGCAAGUCGAGCAAUUCGAACGCGAGAAGAAAGAGCUCAAUCAGCGUUUGCGCACCGCUGCCAAGCGAAUCGAUCACAUCGAGCGUGCGUACCGCAAAGAAGAGCGGCCGCUGCUUGCAGAGGACUACGCGGAACAGCAAGCCACCGACCGCACAAUCUUCGAAACGCUUCAGCGCUCGCGCAUUGAGGGUGCUCGCCAGGCGUUCCAGGAGGACAUGAUAUCCAAGAAACGCUUGAGCCGCAUGAUGCAGGAUUAUCAACAGAGAAAAGAGUUCAUCAUCGCACAGCGAAGUGAAGAGCACACAGCCAAACUCGCGGAGUCACACAAGAGAAUCGAGGAGGAGAAGGAGAAGAUGCGGGCUGCACAUCAGAAGAUGAGAGACGAAGAAGAACAAGAGCGUCUUGAGGCUGAGAGAAUUCGCAGGGAGCAGGAGGAAGAAGAAGCUCGAUUAGAAGCUGGUGAGUGGACUUGAUCGCAUAUAGUCGUUUCCUCAUGUUUCUUCAGAGCGCCACGCAGCCGAGGAAGAGGCCGAGGCCAAGGAACGGGAAGAGAAAGAGAAAGCCGCCGAAGCACGUAGGAAACGGGAAGAAGAGCGUGCCAAAACUCAAGAGGAGGCAAGGAAACGUGCCGAACGCGAGGCUGAGGCUGAAGCACAUGCCGCUCAACGCCGCGCGGAACAGCGCAAUCAACUAGCAGCGCAACCAGCGCAACCAGCGCAGCCCCAAGGAGCUUGGCGACGUGGAGGAGCGCCCUCUGCGCCCACCCGUGCUACCGCCGCUAUAUCCACACCACCACGGGUUGAAAGCCCUCUGCCUGCUCCUGCUCCUGCUCCUGCUCCUGCUCCUGCUCCUGCUCCUGCUCCUGCUG